AUGGAGGACGACAACAGGAUAUCCAUCACCGUCUGCGGCGACGGCGGCUGCGGUAAAUCUUCGAUAACCCUGCGCCUGGUCCGCAGCGCCUGGACGAACGACUAUGACCCGACCAUCGAGGACUCGUACAGCGUGACGCGCACAAUUGACGGCCAGACGUACUACCUGGCGCUGACGGACACGGCCGGCCAGGAGGAGUACCGCGGCCUGUGGGCCGCCAGCAACCUGCGCAGCGACGCUUUCCUGCUGGUCUAUGACAUCACCAACUCGCAGAGCCUCGAGGCCCUCGAGUACUUCAUGGAGAUGAUCGACAUGGAGACCGACCAGCGCCUGGACAACGGCGCCGUGCCCCCCGUCAAGAUCGUCGCCGGCAACAAGUGCGACUUGCAGUCGGGGCGCCAGAUCAAGAGCCAGGAGGGCCUGGAAUGGGCCCGCGCCCACAAGUGCGGCUUCAUGGAGACGAGUGCCCGGGAGAUGGUCAACAUCGAGGAGACGUUUGCUCUACUGGUCCGUCGCGUCGUCGAAGCCCGCCGCAUCCACGCCAUGGGCACCAGCUCUGCCGCCGCGCGAACCGCUCCCCUACCCCCUAAGAAGGAGCGCAUGCCCGAUCAUGACGAGGACGGCGCAAGCGUGCCCGGCAAGAAGAGCUUCUGGUCCAAACUCAAGUGCUGGUGA